AUGGCGUCCCGAGCUGUCUUGGUGCCGUCCGCCGUCCUGAUCCUCCGGCUCCUCGCCCUCGGCCUCCUCGCCGCCUCGCUCGCUCUCAUCGCCGCCGACAGGCUCAAUGUCGACAGCGACCCGCCGGAGAAGUACACCUUCAGGGACGUCUACGCCUACAGGUACGUCCUGGCCGUCGCCGUCGUCGGGUGCGCUUACACGCUGCUGCAGCUCCCGUUGGCCGCCGUCAGCAUCGCCAGUGGGAAGCGGUCCAUUGGCGGCACCGUGGCCGUGGCGCUGGUCCUCGUCCUCGCCGACGUGGUCUUCGCCCUGCUGCUCGCGACGGGGGCCGCGGCCGGGUUCGGCUUCACCUACGACGUGAAGCGCUACCUGUACGGGCUUUUCGACGAAACCGAGACGCUGGAGGACGACAAGCUGCACCGGGACAUGGACAGGUUCUUCGAGCUGGCCUACGCCUCUGCGGGGCUCAUGCUGUCCGCCGCCGCGUGCAUGGCGCUCGUCAUCAUGCUCUCCGUCUACUCGCUCGCCAAGUGA